CACCUUCCCGCCCCCGCCCGCGCAGUAGGCCAGGUGGGCGCGCCGAAAGGGCGCGCCGGGCACCUAGCAACGCGGGCUGUGUGGGGGUGGGGAGGCGCGGGGGCCGGGGUCGGCUCUUGCGCAGCUGGGGGUGAGAGAAGACACUCCGGGCCCCGGGAGGCCUCUCGGCCCUCCCCAUGGGGCCCCGGGCCGCCGGACUGGGGGCAUGCCCGCCUUGGGGGAGGCGAACAUGACCGUGUGCGCAGCGCUGGUGACGGGGACAAGGUUGCCCAGCAGAGCCACCCACCCUGGGCCAGCGGGCGACAGCGCCGGGUUAAGAAGGAGCGACCCCUCCCAGUGGAUCGGCGGGGACGGGGAAGGGGACGGGGACGAAUCAUAUACAUCAGAAUUAAAUUACUUGCUGUCCACAUGCAGUCUAAAAAGGAAAGACAGAUGGAAUUUACAGCAAUAUAAUGUUACAGAUUCUCAAAGGAACUUAUCCUCAUUUUCAAAAGAACAAAAUAAAAUGCCAGCACUCACUCAUGAAAACAGAUAUUUAACUUCAAGAGUCACCAGAAGUUCACUUGAUGGUUGUUUUAUCUUUGAAAAAAGCUGGAAAAAAGCAGUUCGUGAAACACAAAAGUUGAAAAAAGAGUACUCCUCAAUAUUUAGUCUGGAAGAUUUGAAGGAAGUGGUUACAAUUCCGUCUUUACCAGAAGUGGAAAGAUACAGAACCAGUACAACAUCUCCCAUAGAUGUACUUAAAAAAAAUUCAUGUGCUACUCUGAAGACACCUAAAAUCAGGUCAGUGAAGAGUAACCAAACAGGAGACACGUUAUCAAAUCCGGAGAAAACAGAAUGUUUUAAAAGUCCUCUCACUGGAGCACCACCACAAUAUUUGCAGAGACUUUCUCAACUGGCCAUAUUAGAAUAUGAUACUAUUCGUCAGGAAACAAGCAGAAGGUUUAAAAAAGAGAAGAAACGAGAGCUGCCAGACUGCUGACAUAUAUUGUUUGGGGUGAUACUGCUUUCUUCACUUGUGUCGUGUGUGUGUGUGUGUGUGUGUGUGCGCGUGCGCGCACUCACGUGUGCGUGUGUGUUUUGGUGUGGGUUAUUUUUUCUUGCAGUCAUGCAUAAUAUGAUGUUCAAUGAUUUACCUAAAAAUGGAAGUGUAAAUAGAAAAUAAAUAUUUUAUAUGUUUAUAUACUGAA